AUGAGGGUUGCAAAUAUCACAUUGCUUCUGUCACUAGUUGGACAAGCUAUUGCAAUUGCUUUAGAUGUCUCAAACUUAGACCAAGAAGGAACUGCAACCAGUGAAAAUAAGCACUUGGUUGGAGACGAUCAUCACUUCGAAGGUGAUGGACGUUCUCAUAGCUAUUCCUUAGAUGGUUUACCAGUCAAGGAUAAGGAACAAGAUUUAUACCUCAAUAACUUCUUCAAGCACAAGGAAAAGAAGAAGGAUAAGGAAAAGAAGAAGAAUAAGGAAAAGAAGAAGGAUAAGGAAAAGUACCAUCCAUUCUACAAGGAAAAGAAUAAAGACAAGCACGAUAAAUUCUUCAAGGAUGAGGACGAUAAAUUCCACAAGGAUAAGGACAAGCAUCAUCCAUUCCAUAAGGAUAAGGACAAGCAUCAUCCAUUCCAUAAGGAUAAGGACAAGCACGAUCCACCAAACAAAGAUUGGAACCAAGGCCCUGAUAAGGACUGUAAGCCUGGUAAAGAUUGUACAACUCUCCAGCCCUUUGAGUCUAGUUCUCAUAUUUCUACUCAAGGUCCGGAAACCGAAGGGUUUCCCAGCACGGACAGGCCAAUUGAGACACCUGAAGGACCUGAUUCAUCGCCUACUCCAUCAUUUGACGAUGCAACGGGAUCUACUGUCCGUGACCCUGUGACUACUGCCACACCACCUGGUUCUUCUAUGUGGAGCGCUUCAACUCCUGCGGGGACGCCUACCGGAGUUGCAACUCCUACAACCCCGCUGGUUUGUGUGAGAAAUUCAACGGCAGCGUCGCAGACCACUUUGUUACCAGACGCUACUGACUCGUCAUUCAGGUCAAUUACAGAAACCCCAUCUGAAAGCGGACCUACGUCUUCAGAUACUGCAACUCCUUCUAGCUCUGAUUUGAUUAUCUCUUCGGCAAUAUCUACCCGCUUUUCAAAUUCUACAACUCCACUUGUAUGCACAAGAAGAUCGACUGUGACAUCGGCUACCAAUUUGCCUUCUGAUUUUAAUGAAUCAUCAAUCAAUACAAACACAGAAACCCUAUCUGAAAGUGGAUCUGCGUCAACAAACACUGCAACUCCUGCAAGCUCUGAUUUGAGUAGUUCUUCGGCAAUAUCUACCCGCUUUUCAAAUUCUACAACUCCACUUGUAUGCACAAGAAGAUCGACUGUGACAUCGGCUACCAAUUUGCCUUCUGACGUUACUGAAUCGUCAAUCAAUACAAAUACAGAAACCCUAUCUGAAGGCGGAACUGCCUCAGCAGACACUGAAGCCCCAACUGAAAGCAGACCUGUCUCGACAGACACUGGAACACCUGCAAGCUCUAAUUUCAGUAUUUCUUCGGCACUAUCUACUGGCUUUGCAAAUAGGACAACUCCACUUGUAUGCACAAGAAGAUCGACUGUGACAUCAGUUACCACUUUGGUUCCAGGUGGCGCCACAGAUACCUCAAUAAUAACGAACAAUGGCACUGGUGUGCCUGAAAUUACAGCCCCUACAAUCCCGGCAAGUAUUCCUACAUCCGAAGGUAAUACAGAGUUCAGUAGUACUCCUAGAGGAACUGCAACUACUCUUGCUAUCCCUGCGUCAGGAAUAGAAACUGUUUCAAUGGAUACACACGAGGGGCCCACAGCUAUCUCCGAAACUCAAUCAAUUCCGCUUUCUGCGGGCGGACCUGCGCCAUCCUCGACUCUAGAUUCUCCAGGGUCUCCAGGUUCUCCAGGUUCGCAAUAUAUUCCAGGUGGUCCAGAUUCUCCAGGUUCGCCAAGUACCCCAGAUAUCCCAGGCACCCCAGAUAUCCCAGGCACAACAGGCACCCCAGAUAGUCCAGGUACCUCAGGUACUCCAGAUUCACCAGGUUCGCCAAAUACACCAGGAUCUCCAGGAUCUCUCGGUUCAACUACAGUUACUCCAACUCACAGUGACCUUGUUUCAACGGAUACACUAAUCACUACCGGUUUAAGUUUCAGUCCUCCUCCAGGGUGGACUGGAGUUGCACCUCCUCCUACACUACUAAACUGUACAAGAACUUCUCUUACACCGCAAACGAGUUUGGUUCCAGAUGGGACUACUGAUACCUCAAUAAUAAUAACAGGCAAUAUCACUGACGUACCUGUUACUGCCUCGUCGAUCCCGGCUAGUUCUGAGUCUACUGGUAGUACACCUGGAGUAGCAACGGGUUCAAUCAAUACGUCAUCUUCAGUUCCAGUUUCUGGUAAUGUACCUGCACCAUCGUCGACAGCUGGUAGCCCUGGUGCUCCAAGUAGCUCAGGUUCUCCAGAUUUGUCCUCCACUACGGGGGCUCCAAAUUCGCCAGUUAGCUCGGGUACUCCAGCUACUGCGGGCACCCUAGCUACACCCGGUUCACCAGGUAGCCCAAGUGAUCCAGGUUCACCAGCUACACCCGGUUCACCAGGUAGCCCAAGUGAUCCAGGUUCACCAGCUACACCAGGUUCACCAGGCUCACCAGCUACACCAGGCUCUCCAGGUUCACCAGCUACACCAGGCUCUCCAGGUUCACCAGCUACACCAGGCUCUCCAGGUUCACCAGCUACACCAGGCUCUCCAGGUUCACCAGCUACACCAGGCUCUCCAGGUUCACCAGCUACACCAGGCUCUCCAGGUUCACCAGCUACACCAGGCUCUCCAGGUUCACCAGCUACACCAGGCUCUCCAGGUUCACCAGCUACACCAGGCUCUCCAGGUUCACCAGCUACACCAGGCUCUCCAGGUUCACCAGCUACACCAGGCUCUCCAGGUUCACCAGCUACACCAGGCUCUCCAGGUUCACCAGCUACACCAGGCUCUCCAGGUUCACCAGCUACACCAGGCUCUCCAGGUUCACCAGCUACACCAGGCUCUCCAGGUUCACCAGCUACACCAGGCUCUCCAGGUUCACCAGCUACACCAGGCUCUCCAGGUUCACCAGCUACACCAGGCUCUCCAGGUUCACCAGCUACACCAGGCUCUCCAGGUUCACCAGCUACACCAGGCUCUCCAGGUUCACCAGCUACACCAGGCUCUCCAGGUUCACCAGCUACACCAGGCUCUCCAGGUUCACCAGCUACACCAGGCUCUCCAGGUUCACCAGCUACACCAGGCUCACCAGCUACACCAGGCUCUCCAGGUUCACCAGCUACACCAGGCUCACCAGCUACACCAGGUUCUCCAGGUAGCCCAAGUGAUCCAGGUUCACCAGGCUCUCCAGGUUCACCAGCUACACCAGGCUCACCAGCUACACCAGGUUCUCCAGGUAGCCCAAGUGAUCCAGGUUCACCAGCUACACCAGGUUCACCAGGCUCUCCAGAUUCACCAGGUUCACCAGGUAGCCCAGGUGCUCCGGAUACCUCAGGUACUCCAGAUUCACCAGGAUCUUUCGGUUCAGCUACAGUUACUCCAACUGAUAGUGCACUUGUUUCAACAGAUACACCGGUCACUAUUGGUUUAAGUUUUAGCCCCCCUCCAGGGUGGACUGGCGUUGCACCUCCUCCGAGCCUAGUAAACUGUACAAGAACGACAAUUACACUGCAAACGAGUUUGGUUCCAGAUGGGAUUCCUGAUACCUCAAUAAUAAUAACAGGCAAUAUCACUGACGUACCUGUUACUGCCUCGUCGAUCCCGGCUAGUUCUGAGUCUACUGGUAGUACACCUGGAGUAGCAACGGGUUCAAUCAAUACGUCAUCUUCAGUUCCAGUUUCUGGUAAUGUACCUGCACCAUCGUCGACAGCUGGUAGCCCUGGUGCUCCAAGUAGCUCAGGUUCUCCAGAUUUGUCCUCCACUACGGGGGCUCCAAAUUCGCCAGUUAGUUCGGGUACUCCAGCUUCUGCGGGCACCCCAGCUUCUGCGGGCACCCCAGCUUCUGCGGGUACUCCAGCUAUUACGGGAACUACUCAGACAACAGGCUCUCCAGAUUCACCAGGUUCACCAGGUAGCCCAGAUUCACCAGCUUCAACAGGUAGCCCAGGUGCUCCAGAUACCUCAGGUACUCCAGAUUCACCAGCUUCAACAGGUAGCCCAGAUUCACCAGCUUCAACAGGUAGCCCAGGUGCUCCAGAUACCUCAGGUACUCCAGAUUCACCAGCUUCAACAGGUAGCCCAGGUGCUCCAGAUACCUCAGGUACUCCAGAUUCACCAGCUUCAACAGGUAGCCCAGGUGCUCCAGAUACCUCAGGUACUCCAGAUUCACCAGCUUCAACAGGUAGCCCAGGUGCUCCAGAUACCUCAGGUACUCCAGAUUCACCAGCUUCAACAGGUAGCCCAGGUGCUCCAGAUUCACCAGGUUCACCAGGUAGCCCAGGUGCUCCAGAUUCACCAGGUUCACCAGGUAGCCCAGGUGCUCCAGAUACCUCAGGUACUCCAGAUUCACCAGCUUCAACAGGUAGCCCAGGUGCUCCAGAUACCUCAGGUACUCCAGAUUCACCAGCUUCAACAGGUAGCCCAGGUGCUCCAGAUACCUCAGGUACUCCAGAUUCACCAGCUUCAACAGGUAGCCCAGGUGCUCCAGAUACCUCAGGUACUCCAGAUUCACCAGAUUCACCAGGUAGCCCAGGUGCUCCAGAUACCUCAGGUACUCCAGGUUCGCCAGGAUCUUUCGGUUCAGCUACAGUUACUCCAACUGAUAGUGCACUUGUUUCAACAGAUACACCGGUCACUAUUGGUUUAAGUUUUAGCCCCCCUCCAGGGUGGACUGGCGUUGAAACUCCUUCAACUCUACUAAACUUUACAACUACAAUUGCACCGCAAACGAGUUUGGUUCCAGAUGGGACUCCUGAUACCUCAAUAAUAAUAACAGGCAAUUUCACUGACGUACCUGUUACUGCCUCGUCGAUCCCGGCUAGUUCUGAGUCUACUGGUAGUACACCUGGAGUAGCAACGGGUUCAAUCAAUACGUCAUCUUCAGUUCCAGUUUCUGGUAAUGUACCUGCACCAUCGUCGACAGCUGGUAGCCCUGGUGCUCCAAGUAGCUCAGGUUCUCCAGAUUUGUCCUCCACUACGGGGGCUCCAAAUUCGCCAGUUAGUUCGGGUACUCCAGCUUCUGCGGGCACCCCAGCUUCUGCGGGUACUCCAGCUAUUACGGGAACUACUCAGACAACAGGCUCUCCAGAUUCACCAGGUUCACCAGGUAGCCCAGAUUCACCAGCUUCAACAGGUAGCCCAGGUGCUCCAGAUACCUCAGGUACUCCAGAUUCACCAGCUUCAACAGGUAGCCCAGGUGCUCCAGAUACCUCAGGUACUCCAGCUUCACCAGGAUCUUUCGGUUCAGCUACAGUUACUCCAACUGAUAGUGCACUUGUUUCAACAGAUACACCGGUCACUAUUGGUUUAAGUUUUAGCCCCCCUCCAGGGUGGACUGGCGUUGAAACUCCUUCAACUCUACUAAACUUUACAACUUCUAUUACACCGCAAACGAGUUUGGUUCCAGAUGGGAUUCCUGAUACCUCAAUAAUAAUAACAGGCAAUUUCACUGACGUACCUGUUACUGCCUCGUCGAUCCCGGCUAGUUCUGAGUCUACUGGUAGUACACCUGGAGUAGCAACGGGUUCAAUCAAUACGUCAUCUUCAGUUCCAGUUUCUGGUAAUGUACCUGCACCAUCGUCGACAGCUGGUAGCCCUGGUGCUCCAAGUAGCUCAGGUUCUCCAGAUUUGUCCUCCACUACGGGGUCUCCAGAUGCACCAGAUACUACUGAGUCUCUAGAUUUGUCCUCCAUUACUGAGUCUCCAGAUUUGUCGUCCACUACAAGUUCUCCAGAUGCACCAGAUACUACGGAAACUCCAGAUGCACCAGAUACUACUGAGUCUCUAGAUUUGUCCUCCAUUACUGAGUCUCCAGAUCUGUCGUCCACUACAAGUUCUCCAGAUUCACCAGCUCCUACGGAAACUCCAGAUGCACCAGAUGCAACGGAAACCCCAGAUAUCCCAGACAUACCAGGUUUGCCAGAUAUGCCAGAUACCCCAGGUUCUCCAGAUUCACCAGCUGCUACGGAAACUCCAGAUUCACCAGCUGCUACGGAAACUCCAGAUGCACCAGAUACUACUGAGUCUCUAGAUUUGUCCUCCAUUACUGAGUCUCCAGAUUUGUCGUCCACUACAGGUUCUUCAGAUUCACCAGCUGCUACGGAAACUCCAGAUGCACCAGAUACUACUGAGUCUCUAGAUUUGUCCUCCAUUACUGAGUCUCCAGAUUUGUCGUCCACUACAGGUUCUCCAGAUUCACCAGCUGCUACGGAAACUCCAGAUUCGCCAGCUGCUACGGAAACUCCAGAUGCACCAGAUACUACUGAGUCUCUAGAUUUGUCCUCCAUUACUGAGUCUCCAGAUUUGUCGUCCACUACAAGUUCUCCAGAUGCACCAGAUACUACGGAAACCCCAGAUAUCCCAGACAUACCAGGUUUGCCAGAUAUGCCAGAUACCCCAGGUUCUCCAGAUUCACCAGCUGCUACGGAAACUCCAGAUUCACCAGAUACUACGGAAACUCCAGAUUCGCCAGCUGCUACGGAAACUCCAGAUUCACCAGAUACCCCAGGUAGUCCAGAUAUGCCAGACACACCAGGUUUGCCAGAUUUCCCAGAUACCCCAGGUAGUCCAGAUUUCCCAGAUACCCCAGGUAGUCCAGAUAUGCCAGACACACCAGGUUUGCCAGAUUUCCCAGAUACCCCAGGUAGUCCAGAUUUCCCAGAUACCCCAGGUAGUCCAGAUAUGCCAGACACACCAGGUUUGCCAGAUUUCCCAGAUACCCCAGGUAGUCCAGAUUUCCCAGACACACCAGGUUUGCCAGAUAUCCCAGAUCGACUCGUUAAUAUGGGAAUUCCAACCCCAGGUAGUCCGGAUUGCUCAGAUGACCCAGACGUCCCAGGUAGUCCUGAUUGUCCAGACGUCCCAGGUAAAACCGAUACACCCGGUACACCCGGUAAGCCAGAUAAGCCAGGUAAGCCGGGUAAGCCGGGUAAGCCAGGUAAGCCAGGUAAGCCAGGUAAGCCAGAUAAGCCAGGUAAGCCAGAUAAGCCAGGUAAGCCAGGUAAGCCAGAUAAGCCAGGUAAGCCAGGUAAGCCAGAUAAACCAGAUAAACCAGAUACACCCGGCACGCCAAGUACGCCAGGUACGCCAAGCACGCCAAGCACGCCAAGUACGCCAGGUACUCCCGGUACACCAGGUACACCAAGCACGCCAGGUACGCCAGGUACUCCCGGUACGCCAGGUACGCCAGGUACUCCCGGUACACCAGGUACACCAAGCACGCCAGGUACGCCAGGUACUCCCGGUACACCAGGUACACCAAGCACGCCAAGCACGCCAGGUACGCCAGGUACUCCCGGUACACCAGGUACACCAAGCACGCCAAGCACGCCAGGUACGCCAGGUACUCCCGGUACACCAGGUACACCAAGCACGCCAAGCACGCCAGGUACGCCAGGUACUCCCGGUACGCCAAGUACACCAGGUACUCCCGGUACGCCAAGUACACCAAGUACGCCAGGUACGCCAGGUACUCCCGGUACGCCAAGUACACCAGGUACUCCCGGUACGCCAAGUACACCAAGUACGCCAGGUACUCCCGGUACGCCAGGUACUCCAGGUACGCCAAGUACACCAAGUACACCAAGUACGCCAGAUACACCAGGAUCGCCUGGAAAUCCAGGGUCUCCUACUUCUUUGGUUCGUACUGAAGCUCCAUCACAUACUCUGCUUGAACCGAAAAUAUUGCCAGAAACAGAUCAACCUAGACUUACCUCUGGUGUGCCAUCUACACCAGAAGGAUCUACACCAACACCAGUUAAUCAGGGCCCAAAGACUUUACCUACGACACCUCUAGUUCAAUCUACAACGGCCAUCAAUACCUUCUUCGCUGGAAAAGGUUCAAAAAGAACUCCUUCAAUAAUUUUGAUGAUCUUAGGAUUACUUACGUUCGUAUGA